AUGUUUGAGGAUUCUCCUUCUAAGGAGAUAAAAAGAAAAUUUGGUGGCAUGAAAGGCAUUCCCUCUAGAAGUUACAAAGGAAAAUCUCAUGUUGGUCCUGCUAGAUCAUGGAGUAAAGUUGUUACACCUACGAGGAAUAGGAAAGUUGUUUAUUCAAGAGAUUCUGAGUUUGAGGUCGAAGAGGAUGUCCAUGACAUCACUCAUAUGAGAAGAUCUGCUAUAAAUAAGCCUUAUGCUGCUAUGCCUGAGGCUCCACUGGACAAUGUAUCAUUAGAUUAUAUGAAGAAUGCUGAAAGGUGGAAGUAUGUCAUUAAAAUGAGGAUAUAUUUUGAGAGGGAAUUGGGUAAGGAUGCCCUAAAAUGUAAGGAGGUUAUGGAGAUUAUAGAAGUUGAUGGUCUGAUGAAGACUGUCGCAAAAUUUGGCACUUGCUAUGAAAGUCUAGUCAAGGAGUUUAUGGUGACCAUUCCUGAUAGGUGUGAUAAUGUGAAGAGUGAAGACUAUAGGAAGGUGUAUGUCAGAGGAAAUUUCAUAACAUUUUCUCCUGUUAUGAUCAACAAGUUUCUGGGAAGAUCUGGAGAACCCCAGGCUGAGCUAGAGGUUACAGAUGACCAAGUGUGCAAGGAGAUAACUGCCAAGCAAGUAAAACAAUGGCCAAACAGAGGAAAGUUGUUUGUUGGGAAGCUAAGUGUCAAGUAUGCAAUCCUUCAUAGGAUUGGGACUACCAACUGGGUGCCUACUAAUCACACCUCAACCAUCUCUACUGGGCUUGGGAAGUUUAUAUAUGUUAUUGGGACAAGAAGAGAUUUUGAUUUUGAGAAGUACAUUUUUGAACAAGUUCUGAAGCAGACCUUCUCAACUGUUGCGAAGAUGCCUAUCUGCUUUCCCUCACUCAUCUGUGGGAUAAUCCUAAACCAACAUCCUGGAAUCUUAUUUCCUAUUAAUAGUGUGAAGAAAAAUGAAUCUCCUUUAUCCUUCCACUACAAAUUGUUUGUUGGAACACAUGUUCCAGAUAUUGUACAACUGAAGGAGACUUGUAAAGAGUCAGAGGAUUCCAUAAGGUUUAGCACUGCUACAAAGAUAUAUCUUGAAAAAUUGAUGAAGGCUUUGAUGGAAGAAGAAGAAAAGAAAGUUGAACAUGAUAGUGAUGACAAUGUUAUAGCUGAUGUUGAGGACUCUGUUGGUGGCAAUGAUAUUGAGAUUGAUGUAGCUAAAGAAGAUAAAGGAGAGGAGUAUGCUACUGCAUACUCAGAUAGUCAGGAAGAUAUCUGA